CGUCUGGUUAUCCUGGCGGGAACCCAUUUCCACUUAUCGACACAAAUUAUCUGACCACGCGAUCACUUUCGUUCUCAACCAUCGCAACAUUUCCAGCUUUGUAGAUUGGAUCAGAGGCCAUUGCUGCCUUCUCUGUCAAAGAUCUUCACGGUUACCAGGAACGCACCUCUUGCGACAGACUCUAGAGAGCGCCGAUCCCUUUUAUUUCCCGAAAGACGGCCAGGGGAGGCCGAGUUUCCAUUACCGACGGUAGAGAACAGCAAAGACUUGAGUCGUAACAAGUCUUUCUUUGCUCUGUCGAUACAAUUCGAUUCAAGAUGAGGUUGGCUUCGGUGGGUAUCAAGUUGGCAAUGGCCUUGGCAGUGCUGGCAGCGGGCAGACUUGGCGAAGCGUCAUCACUUGAAGCAAGAGAUGAUGACACCAAAUACUUUUUCGAGGCUGGUGACGGCGACAUCUUGAACCACUAUGACAGAAGAUUCUUCAAAAACCAGCUCUCUUACGACGAAAGAGCCGACACCUUACUCCAUAUGGUGCGCGCCUAUCUGAUCACCUUUCGAAAAAUGGGCAUCGAAACCUGGAUCGCCCACGGCACGCUACUCGGAUGGUGGUGGAACGGACAGAUGCUUCCCUGGGACUGGGAUCUCGACACCCAGGUUUCCGGCGCUACACUUGAUUACCUGGGGGAUAACCUAAACUACACAACGCACAACUACGUUUCGGAAGACAAGAAGGUGCAGCGCCAGUAUUUCUUGGACGUCAACCCCUGGGCGAUUGAACGUACUCGCGGGGACGGAAACAAUGUCAUUGAUGCGCGCUGGAUUGACGUAAGAAACGGCUUGUACAUUGAUAUCACUGGCCUCAGCGAAACUCAUCCAGACAUUGCGCCGGGAAUCUGGAGCUGCAAAAACUACCACCGCUACAAGACGACUGACCUCUACCCCAUGCGGGAAAGUAUCUUUGAGGGAGUGCCUGCGCUGAUUCCGUACAACUAUGACAAGAUCUUGGUCGAGGAGUAUCAGCACAAGGCCAUGAGCCUGACACAUUACGAGGGACACACUUGGAACGCCACUUUGAAGCACUGGGCCAAAGACCCCGAGGAGGAAAAGAAAGAGAACAAUAAGAGAAACCGACUUGGCCGUCGACAAGCGAUGCCUGACUUUUGAGUUGGCCACAAGC